AUGUCUGCCGCCGUCGAGGCUCCGGUGAAGAGCCCUGAGCCUGCAUCCCAGGCACCCAAAGGCAUGCGGAAGAAUGGAAAGAACUGGCAUGGGGACAAAACCCCCUUCCGCCCGACUGCAGGCCAAACCUCCUACACCAAACGCCUAAAGGAACGCAAAGCUCGCGAAGCUAUGAAGGAAAUGGAGAAAGAGAUGAAGGAUGAGAAAGAGGCUGAACGUCAGAGGCGGAUACAAGCCAUCAGGGAUCGCCGGGCCGCCAAAGAGGAGAAGUUGCGAUAUGAGAAGAUGGCGGAGAAGAUGCAUAGGAAACGGGUUGAGCGGCUCAAGCGCAGGGAGAAGAGGAAUAAGUUACUCAGUUCUUAAGUGCCCGGUGACCUUUAUAAUAUACCUGCUUACUUGCCAUUGUGUUUUUUCUGGAGUACUGGCAAUGGCGUUUUGUUUGUUUUUUGUUUGUUUUUUAACCCGGAGUUUAUUAUUUUAAAAUUUUCUGCGUACGGACUAUGAGGAAAUGAUGUUCCAGUCCCGCGCGGUAUAGAAAUAAAAUAACGCAUUGCCAGAGUGUGCGGCCUC